GCCUCGCCAUGGCCCCGGUAGGAGCUUGCGACCGGUGUCGCGUUGCGUCCUUCUCCACUGCUGUCGGUGGUGGCGGCAGCCUUGGGCGCGACAGGGGCCCAAGGGAAGUACCUGGAGCCUGGAAAUCCGGGAAAGUUCGAGACUCGCUACGUGGCGGAAGGCGGCCAAGCCGCGCAUUGGCGCGGCGAGGACUUUUUCACCCAGACGUUGCCACUGCGCCCGCGCCGCACGCGUUGCAGCGCGCAUGCCACCUCCAGAAAUGACCUGAACCUUGCGGGCCACUGAGGCUGUGCGCUGAGGGUCUGCAGACUGCAGGAGCCGUGCAUCGUGAUCUUCGAUUUUCACAAGAGCCCUGCAAGGACAAUGCUUGGCCCGGAGUAGGCUCUCAACAAACUGGAUGCAUGAAUGCAUGAAGGAACCUCCACUAUUCCAGAAGUUGAGGAUCCCAGGCUGAGGGAGGAGGUGGAGGAUGAUCCCCAACUCAACACGCUUGUUGUGAAGGUACGUCACUGGAGAGAACUCAGAAAGCCCCCAGCCAUGCCUGGCACAAGAUAAACACGUGACCAGUGCUCCCUUGCUCCUGGUUUUCAUGGAAAGGUUUGAUCCCCUCACGUGGUCACUGCUGAUUGAUCACUCUAAAGGAGUUCUUCUUUAUUCACAGAAUGCCAAUACCAUGAGCAGUUAACAUGUUCAUUUCGCUCCUUGCCUGACUCUACCACAGGAUUUUCUGGACCAGCAGAGCUGAGGGAACCCAGACUUGAAGUGAAGCAACUCUGCUGAGGUCAGCACCAUGGCCGCUCCACAGGAUUCAAAUGAGACUUCCUAUCUGUUCCUUCCAAACAGUAAGGACUGGGAAGAGCAAGGCAUUCCUGACUUUGUCUACGGGCAGAAGGAACUUGUUCUGGAAGGGAUUCAGUGGCCUAGGGCUGCCCCCAGCCUCCUGGACACAGCACCGCGGUCUCGCUUUGACUCUGCGCUCUGCUCCGCCUGGAGGCAGCGGAUGGACCUGGGGCUCUUCCGCUACCGCCUGGGGGAGCUGCAGACCCAGACCCUCCCGGGUGCUGUGGGUUUUGUGGCUCAGUUGAAUGUGGAGCGAGGCGUGCAGAGGAGGCGCCCCCAGAACAUCCGGAGUGUGAAGCAGGCAUUUGACCCUGAACAGUUUAACUUCAACAAGGUCCGGCCAGGAGAAGUCCUUUUCCGUUUGCUCCGGGAGCCCGAUCUCCCAGGUGCUGUCCAGCAAGAGGACAUCCUCGUCAUGAUCAAUGUCAGCCCCUUGGAGUGGGGCCACGUGCUGCUGGUGCCCGAGCCCCGCCGUGGGCUCCCCCAGCGCCUGCUGCCAGGCGCACUGCGGGCCGGAGUCGAGGCAGUGCUGCUGAGCUCACACCCGGGCUUCCGCGUCGGUUUCAACAGCCUGGGUGGCUUGGCCUCGGUGAACCACCUGCACCUGCACGGGUACUACCUGGCUCACAGACUGCCUGUGGAGGGGGCACCGAGCGAGCCCCUGGACCCUGGGGGCCGUUUGCAUCUGCUCCGGGCCCUCCCAGCUCCCGGCUUCCUCUUCUACACAAGCGGGCCGGGGCCUGACUUGGAAGCCCUGAUAAGCAGGGUAUGUCGGGCCACCAACUACCUGACCGACCAUGAGAUUGCCCAUAAUUUAUUUGUGACCCGGGGGGCCCCCCCUGGAAAGACAUCACCUUCCUCCGCUCUCACAGGCGUCCGAGUAAUUCUGUGGGCCCGGAAGUCCAGCUUUGGGGUAAAGGAAGGCGAGGUGUUCAGUGUCGCCCUCUGUGAGCUGGCCGGGCACCUCCCUGUCAAAACGUGCCAGGAUUUUGGCAGUCUGACAGAGGCAGCCGCUCUGGCCCUCAUUCAAGACUGUCUGCUGCCCUCGGCCCAGGCGGAAGAAGUACAGGCAGCCCUGGUGGCCUUGGUGGCCCAGGACGAGCAGUAAUCCUUCUAGAAGUAUUUAUUUUCUACCUGCUCUGAGUCCCUUUCCAUGUGGUCAUUUGGGCGUCCAUGACUGCCACCUUACCCUAACCCGUCUCAGCCCAAGGGGAGGGAUAAAGAACUGAUAAGUGGUCUCUAAAGAGAAGAAACCUUAGAAUAAAUUGAAUGAAUGAGGCAUCAUGAAGGUA